UCACAAAGGGGAGUCUAGUCAAAGUGAAAAGAGACAGAAGAGCAGAAGGACCAACCACAUAUCUGAGCUCCGCCUCGUCAUCAUCCUGCUGAUCAGUGAGUUUCAUCACUCAAACUUUCAGAGGAAGGUUCAGCUGAGAGCACAGUCAGGCAGACAGUCAGAAAAACAGACGGUCAGGCAGCGGGGGGACGGGUUCACCAUGGACAGUCCGUUCGUUUCUGGUUCAGGAUGACCGCCCUCCUGCUUUCCUUUGUCUUCCUCAUGCCCUUCCUGGCCAAAAUGGAGGCUGCACAACCGGCCGGCUGCAAGAUUCGUAUCACCAACAAAGGAUUGGAAAAGUUGAAGUCAGAGACUGAGAAGUUUGUCGAAGAGGAGCUCUGCAACAUCAGCAUGCCAGAGAUGAUGGGCAAAGAAGGACGCUUCCAGUACACCAUCACUGAUGUGAAGAUAACAGAGCUGAUCCUGGCUCAUGCUGAUCUGAAGUUCAUCCCUGAUGUCGGCUUGCUGUUCGACAUCCAGAAUUCCUCCAUCUCACUCAGUUUCCACCGACAGAUCCUCUACUGGUUCUUUUAUGACACAGGAAACAUUAACGCCUCAGCGGACGGAGUCAACAUCAACACAGCUGUCAACCUCAUCAGGGACUACGAGGGACGGCUGAAGAUCAACAACAUCACCUGCAAUGCCAAAAUCAACAGGAUGAGAGCAAAGUUCAGCGGAACGCUGGGGAAAGUAUACGACUUUGUGGCCAGAUUUCUAACAACAGGCAUGCGCUUCUACCUUAACCAGCGGAUCUGUCCAGCCCUGAACCAUGCUGCUCUCGUUCACGUCAACUCGCUCCUGGAGACGAUUCCUGUCAGGACGGAGGUGGACAACUACAUUGGAAUCGAUUAUUCCCUGAUUGAGGAUCCCGUCAUGACGGAUCAGAGCCUGGACAUGCAUUUCAGGGGGAUGUUCUUUGACCUGUCUCACCAGAACCUCACCCUGGCGAACUAUGCUGUGGACCCGGUCAUCAGAGAGUACGAUCGCAUGGUGUAUCUGGCUCUGUCCGAGUUCUUCUUUGACAGCGGGAUGUUCGCCUACUACACCGCUGGAAUGUUUCAAAUGGACAUCGUCGAUGAAAAGAUGCCAAAAGACCUGGAGAUGCUGUUGAGAACCACCUACUUUGGAACCAUCAUGAUCACAAAUCCAGCUCUGAUGGACGCUCCACUCGCUCUACGACUCGCCGUUAACUCUCCCCCCAAAACCACCAUCAAGACCUCCGGAGCAACAGUCUUCAUGACUGCUAUUGUAAAGGUGAUGAUUCUGCCUCCAGGCCAGCCUGCAGUUCAGCUCAGCAGCAUGACUAUGGAAGCAAAGUUUAAUGCCAAAGUUUCCAUGAAGGGAAAGCGUCUGGCCGUUCACGCCGACCUCCGCAGGUUUAAGAUCUUCUCCAAUCAGUCGGCUCUGGAGUCUCUGGCACUGAUUCCUCUGCAGGCUCCUCUGAAGACCAUGCUACAAAUGUCUGUGGUUCCUCUGAUCAACAACUGGACAAAGAGGGGGGUGCGCAUCCCGCUGGCGGACGGGAUGGACUUUGUGGAGGAGGUGGUUGAGUAUCACAACGGCUUCAUUGUGAUCGGAGCAAACCUCCAUUUCAGUAAAGGACUGCGGGAAAUGAUGGUGGGGGGCGCCAACGCCACCACCACAGCCUAAAUGUGAAGGAAAAUGACCAGGGACUUGUAUAAAAGACACGCACAGCAAGGCUUUUAGAUGAAACAAAAGCACACAAACAAGUAAAAGAGGAAAGAACAUUUGUACUUACUGCUUUUAAUUCUUGUCACACAUUUUUGCAUUAUUGUAAUAAUCCACCAGAACACUCACGUAUGGUCAGACUCCAGAAGGUGGCACUGCUGGCUGUAUAUAAGAACUGGACCAAGUGAGUGUGAUGUCACUCAUAGAGAAUGCCUUACUUCCGGCUCCAAACAAUAGAAUCAAUUUAGUCACCAUUUUUUCACAAUAUUGAUGCCACCAUGUUGGAAGCAGACGAUGUCAAUAAGCAGUGAUUGGUCCAAGUCAUUCUUAGUCGUUUCUAUGGCAACCACUCAAUCAGGAGGGAGCUUGUCAGAAGUCCACACCUUUUCCACUGAAAGUGGGCAAAUCUGUCAAUCAAAAGUCUCAACAUGCUUUAAUUGAGGCAUCUGAUUG